UUCCAUUACGCUAGGAGGUAGUAAAGAUAACAUACUUGAACAACGCGCAUUUUGCAAUUUACAGCAAGGACCUGUGAGAUGAAGCAGGAACUGCUGCAUCGGGACAUGAGUGGAAGCUGCAGCUGGGUCGACCUGAUAGAUAUUUGAAACCUCGCGCUGGAAUUUAGUGGACUCAAUCAAAGGAACUAGUCUUUUCUUCAUUUCUUUGUGGAACCUGAAUCUUGACAUUCCAUUUAAGGAGGACUCCAGUCAGGUUUUACAAUGCAGCGAAAGGACGAACCCAGUUAGGGACCCACACUAGCCUAAUGCUGCUAGCUGUCAGCUGGACCAGCCAUCAGGCGGCCUCUAUAUUGCUUUAACGUACCUUCACAUCUACCGAGGGAAUUGCCAAGACCCAAAAAAAUCCCAACUAUGGAUUUCAGCAAAUCGGUGACCUUGUGGAUUUUAUGUCUAUGCUUCCUGGGAGAGAGUUUAAUGGAGAAGCAGGGUUCUGUUGAUGGUGAACAACAACAUACUGACAGUAGUGUGUCAGAGCUCUGUCGCAUUGACAAGCCUCUGUGCAAGGAUGAUAAUGCCCUCCUCAGCUUCGAGGCCAUCUGCAGCAUCCACAAGCAGAUGGACGACGAUGCCAAUGGAAACGUGGAUGUGUUGGAGACGGAUGGGUUCUUGAGAGAGGACCUGAAUUACCAUGACCCCAAAGCCAAGCACAACAGUUUCCAUGGAGACGACCAGUUCAUCAGCGUGGAAGACCUGUGGAAUGUGUGGAAGGGUUCGGAAGUGUUCAACUGGACGGUGGAUGAGGUGGUGGAGUGGCUCAUCGCAUAUGUGGAGUUGCCGCAGUAUGAGGAGAGUUUCCGCAAGAUGAACUUCAAUGGCAGCGCCAUGCCCAGAUUGGCUGUGAAGAAUGCCACUCUGACGGUCACUGUCCUGAAGAUGUUGGACCGCAACCAUGUGCAGAAGAUUCAGCUCAAGGCCUUGGACACAGUUCUCUUCGGACCGCCACUGAGUAAGUCACAUGGCUUCAGAUCAGCAGUUCACGCUGAUGUCAAACGUCUGUCCAGGGUUGAUGCAGGGGUUAUGUUAUUUUAUAUUUAUGGCUGUGUCUAGAUUUUCAUGCUUGCUGGUGAUUUGGUGAAAUAAUCUUUAGUCCUUUACAAAACUGAAAUGUAGAAUUAUGGAGAGAUCAGCUGCCACUGGAUUCUGAGAGGAAU